AUGAUAGCCGGGUGCGUCGCUGUGAAUUAUAGAAAGGAUCUGAAAAUAUGCGAUGUACUUGACGAAUUAGAUGUUGGAGAAAAUCUGAACGUAGAGGCUGGAAGUAUCUAUGCUAAAAAUUCAAUCUGGUCUAAGACUUUAGCUGGAUCAUGUGCAGACUACACCUGUUUUGCCGGAGAUAAAUGUGUAGAACUUGAAACUGGUGGGGUUAGCUCUGCAUACGUUUAUUGUAAGGAUCCUGUUCAAAAAGCGUAUAAUGCUACUUGUAUCGAAACGUUUGGCUUAUAUAAAAAUCUGAAAGCUGGAAAUCAAUUCAAAUGUAAAGCAGGGUUUUUGAUGAUAGGACUUCCUUUCUUGAAAUGUAAUGAUAAUGGAGAAUGGAAUAAGAUGUUCUGCUGCAGAGAUAUGGAUAUUCUACCACGUGACUGCAGUGACAUACCACAUGAAUGUGGCUCAGGUGUAUACACAAUUUCUCUAGAAGAUCAACAGUUUGAUGUGUACUGUGAUAUGGACACAGCCGGAUUUGGAUGGACUGUUUUUCAAACGAGGACAGAUGGAACUAUCAAUUUUUACAGAGGAUGGUCUGAUUAUGAGGUUGGAUUUGGAAAUUUGAAACAUGAGUUUUGGUUAGGGAACAAGUUUAUCCAUCUCCUUACAUCAACUGCCCGGUACAAGCUUUACAUUCAUCUUGAAGAUUUCGAUGGGAAUUCGAGAUAUGCAGAGUACAUCGAAUUCAGUAUUGGAGAUGCUGCCACAAAUUAUAUUUUGAAUGUUGAUGGAUAUAGUGGGAAUGCAGGAGAUAGCCUUAUGAUUUCUGGCAAACAUAACCACAACGGUAUGAUGUUUUCUACCAUAGAUAGGGAUAACGACAAGUCUCCAGAUAACUGUGCAAAAAGGUUCAAGGGAGCAUGGUGGUACCAUGCAUGUCAUAAGGCGAAUUUAAAUGGAGCAUAUUUGGGUGGACAAAUUCCUUCUUACGCUGAUGGUAUUAUAUGGUAUACAUGGAAAGGAUAUGAUUAUUCAUUGAAGUCUACUAAAAUGAUGAUUAAACGAUACUAA